AUGGAUCGCCUGGACGAAUCGACCUGGCACACAGUCCAGACUCUCCCAGGUCCUAGCCCGGCCCAGGCCAACUCGGGAGUCGGAGACUGGGGGGACGAGUCGGUCGAUUCAAGAGAGAGAAAGCCCGCGGCGGUUCGACAGCGUCAGACCCAGCAGGGCCUGCAAUCCGAACCCCAGGGCGCGCCGGCUGUGAAACCCUAA